UAGGCUUCUGGACGGAGACGCGCCCCUCCGACGGCUCCGGGACACCGCUCAGAGCACGGCUCUUGAGAAACCAUGGAACGUCCCGUGAGAGUGAGAAGAUGGGUGGAGGAGAACCGGGCUUCAUUCUUGCCCCCCGUCUGCAACAAGCUCCUGCAUCAGGAGCAGCUCAAAGUCAUGUUCGUUGGAGGACCCAACAUCAGGAAGGAUUACCACAUCGAGGAGGGUGAGGAGGUGUUUUACCAGGUGGAAGGCGACAUGGUUCUCCAAAUCCUGGAGCGAGGGAAACACCGGGAUGUGGUCAUUCGGCAGGGAGAGAUAUUCCUCCUGCCUGCUGGGAUCCCCCACUCUCCACAGAGGUUUGCCAACACUGUGGGGCUGGUGAUUGAGCGGAGGCGGCUGAAAACUGAGCUAGAUGGACUCAGGUACUACGCGGGCGACACGACGGACGUCCUGUUUGAGAAGUGGUUCUACUGCGAGGACCUUGGCACACAGCUGGCCCCCAUCAUCCAGGAGUUCUUCAGCUCUGAACAGCACAGAACAGGAAAGCCCAUUCCUGACCAGCUGCUCAAGGAACCACCAUUCCCCCUGAGCACACGAUCCGUCAUGGAGCCCAUGUUCCUGGAAGCCUGGCUAGAUGGCCACCGCAGGGAGCUGCAGGCAGGCACACCCCUCAGCCUGUUUGGGGACAACUAUGAGACCCAGGUGAUCGUCCACGGACAAGGCAGCAGCAAAGGCCCGAAGCAGGAUGUGGACAUGUGGCUGUGGCAGCUGGAGGGCUCCUCCAUGGUGAUGAUGGGGGGACAGCACCUGAGCCUGAACCCUGAUGACAGCCUCCUGGUGCCAGCCGGGACUGCGUAUGCCUGGGAGCGAGGGCGAGGCUCUGUGGCCCUGGCUGUGACCCAGGACCCCACCCGCAAGAAGCCCCUGGGGUGAUCAUCUUGCUGUGGGCCCAAAGCAGCCACAGGACGUGCCGGAGUGCCACCCCUGCCGAACUGCUCUCCCAACCCCCACUGCUUCUCGGUGUACUGCUGCUGAGGGACUCAGUGCCCCCCACUGCUGGGUCCUGGACACCACUGUCUCGAUCCUCCUCCCAUCCUCUUGGCCCAGACUCCAGGCUCCUGAGGGGCUAGUCGCUUCCCUUCUCCUCUAACAGCCCUUAGCCCACUGCCCCACACAGCUCUGCAGGUGAUCUGUUCCCUGAGGCCGGGCUGCCUCUCCAUCCUCUGUCCUCACAGGCUCAUCUCAGCAGCACUUGUCUGCCACCAAGAAGGCCCUCAAUAAAAGCUUCCUGGUGGACGAGCA